AUGCAGCAACCAGAGGAGGGCGCUGCUACGUUGGAAAAGGUACCGGACGAGGUGCAAGCCGGUGAGAAUGUGCGUCAGCCACAGGAAAAAGUGGCGGGGAAGAGCAACGACUCCGCUUCGACUCUGAGUGGGACGCCAAAGGACAAGGAUGGAAGCAAGACGGCCCUGUCCCUCGACGACGAUGCGAUCUUUGCGCAUUUGCCGGAUCAUGAGAAGGAAAUCUUGAAGCGACAGUUGCACGACCCCGCUGCCAAGGUGUCCUUCCUGGGCCUCUAUCGCUAUGCUUCGGCGAUGGAUAUCGCGAUCUUGGUCGUCAGCGCUCUGUGUUCCAUCGUUGCAGGUGCGGCACUGCCUCUGUUUACGAUCCUCUUUGGCUCCUUAACGAACGCCUUCCAGCAGAUCCAGUUGAAAACAAUGACCUAUGAUGACUUCGAACACGAGCUGGUCAAGAACGUUCUUUACUUUAUUUACCUUGGUAUUGGCGAAUUCGUGACCGUAUACAUCAGCACGGUCGGAUUCAUCUACACCGGUGAACAUGUCACACAGAAGCUUCGGGAGCACUACCUUGAAGCCAUCUUGCGCCAGAACAUCGCCUACUUCGAUAAGCUGGGUGCUGGUGAAGUCACUACCCGCAUCACCGCUGACACCAAUCUGAUCCAGGACGGCGUUUCGGAGAAGGUCGGACUCACCUUGACGGCCCUCGCCACCUUCGUGACGGCUUUCGUCGUCGCGUACAUCAAGUAUGCGCCGCUGGCGGGUAUCUGCACAUCGACCAUCGUCGCACUUGUCCUGGUGAUGGGUGGUGGAUCGACCUUCAUCGUGAAAUUUAGCAAGCUUUCCCUGGAGAGUUAUGCUGCAGGUGGAACCGUGGCCGAAGAGGUGAUCAGUUCCAUUCGCAACACAACCGCUUUCGGCACCCAGGAUAAGCUCGCCAAGCAGUAUGAGGUGCACUUGCACACUGCCGAGCGAUGGGGCGUGCGGCUGCAGAUGGCUCUGGGUGUUAUGAUCGGUGGCAUGUUCGGGAUCAUCUUUUUAAAUUACGGUCUCGGAUUUUGGAUGGGAUCGCGGUUCCUGGUUCAAGAAAAAGUCAACGUGGGCCAGGUCCUGACCAUCCUCAUGUCCAUCCUGAUCGGUUCAUUCAGUCUGAGCAAUGUCGCUCCCAACACUCAAGCCUUCACCGGCGCCGUGGCUGCGGCUGCCAAGAUUUUCAGUACCAUUGAUCGUGUCUCACCCAUUGAUCCCACCUCUGAUGAGGGCAUCAUUCCCGAAAACGCUACUGGUGAAAUUGAAUUCCGCAACGUCAAGCACAUCUAUCCUUCACGACCGGAAGUCACCAUCAUGCAAGAUGUUUCGUUGAAGUUCCCCGCAGGUAAGACUACCGCACUGGUUGGCCCCUCGGGCUCGGGCAAGUCGACCGUUGUUGGUCUCGUCGAGCGUUUCUACAUGCCUGUGGGCGGUACUGUUUUCCUGGACGGCCAUGAUAUCCAGACUGUGAACCUGCGGUGGUUGCGCCAACAGAUUUCACUUGUCCAGCAGGAACCCGUGCUCUUCGGCACUACUAUCUACAAGAACAUCCGCUACGGUUUACUUGGCACUCGCUAUGAGCAUGAACCGGAGGAGCGUGUGCGUGAACUGAUCGAGAACGCGGCCAAAAUGGCCAACGCGCACGAAUUCAUCAUGGGCCUUCCGGAACAAUACGAAACCAAUGUCGGUCAACGUGGCUUCCUCCUCUCCGGUGGCCAGAAGCAGCGUAUCGCCAUCGCCCGUGCUGUCGUCUCUGACCCCAAGAUUUUGCUGCUGGACGAGGCUACCUCCGCCCUGGACACCAAAUCAGAGGGUGUGGUGCAGGCUGCUUUGGACCGUGCUGCCGAAGGCCGUACUACUAUUGUCAUCGCUCACCGUCUGUCCACCAUUAAGACCGCGCACAAUAUCGUCGUCUUUGUCAAUGGCGCUAUUGUGGAACAGGGCACCCAUGAUGAUUUGAUCGAGACUGCUGGACCAUAUUCCAAGCUUGUCGAGGCUCAGCGCAUCAACGAAGAAAAGGAAGCCGACGCUCUGAACGAAGAUAUCCUCGAGGACGACUCCGAUGAUUCUUCGCUGAACAAGCAACACAUUGCUCGUGUCAAGUCCGUCGCAAGUGCCUCCACCCCUCUCAAGGAUGAAGAGGCCGGGGCAAUGUUCCCCGAGGAUAUCCGUCGCCAGGAUACUGGCAAGUCUGUCUCCAGCAUGGUUCUCUCCAAGUCGGGCCCCGAUCCAAAGGCUAAGUACUCGCUAUGGACGCUGAUUAAAUUCAUUGCCUCCUUCAAUAAGGAAGAAUGGAAGUAUCUGAUUGUCGGUUUGGUCUUCUCUUGUCUUGCAGGCGGUGGUCAGCCCACCCAGGCGUUCCUGUACGCCAAGGCCAUUGGCUCUCUGUCCCUUCCCAAGUCCCAGUGGGGCAAGCUGCGUUCUGACGCCAAUUUCUGGUCUCUCAUGUUCUUGGUUGUUGGUAUUGUCCAGUUCUUCACGUUCUCGAUCAACGGAAUUGCGUUUGCCUACUGCUCCGAGCGUCUCAUUCACAAGGCCCGCAGCAAGGCCUUCCGAUCCAUGCUUCGCCAGGAUAUCAACUUCUUCGAUCGUGAAGAGAACAGCACGGGUGCAUUGACUUCAUUCCUCUCGACCGAGACCAAACACCUCUCUGGCAUCAGUGGAUCGACCCUGGGUACAAUUCUCAUGACCUCAACAACCUUGAUUGCGGCCAUGGUCAUCUCCCUGUCGUUCGGCUGGAAGCUCGCCCUGGUUUGUAUCAGUGUCAUUCCUGUCCUCCUUGGCUGCGGUUUCUAUCGCUUCCACAUGCUUGCCGCUUUCCAGGCCCGCUCCAAGAGCGCCUACGAGGGUUCCGCCAGCUAUGCCUGUGAGGCUACCUCUGCCAUCCGCACCGUGGCCUCACUCACCCGCGAGAACGAUGUCUGGAAUGUCUACCACGAGCAGCUAUCUCAGCAGGCCCGCGUCAGCUUGAAAUCCGUCAUCCGAUCAUCUGUUCUGUAUGCUGCGUCUCAGGCGCUGGUCUUCUUUUGUGUCGCGCUCGGCUUUUGGUACGGUGGUACGCUGUUGGGCAAGGGCGAGUAUGAUACGUUCCGAUUCUUCGUCUGCUUCAGUGAGAUUCUGUUUGGAGCUCAAUCGGCCGGUACCGUGUUCUCUUUCUCACCCGACAUGGGCAAAGCCAAGAACGCCGCGUAUGAGUUCCGCAAGCUGUUCGAUCGCCGUCCUACCAUCGACACCUGGUCUGAGGAGGGCGCCGUUGUUGACCAUGUUGAGGGAACCAUUGAGUUCCGCGACGUGCACUUCCGCUACCCGACUCGCCCGGAACAACCCGUCCUUCGGGGCCUGAACCUGAGCGUCAAGCCCGGUCAGUACAUUGCACUGGUUGGACCCAGUGGCUGUGGAAAGAGUACGACGAUUGCCUUGUUGGAGCGUUUCUAUGACGCCCUCUCCGGUGGAGUCUUUGUGGAUGGACACAACAUCGCGGAUCUGAACAUCAAUUCGUACCGUAGCCAUCUCGCCCUCGUCAGUCAAGAACCCACUCUUUACCAAGGCACGAUCAAGGACAACAUUCUGCUCGGUAUCGCCGAAGACGACAUCGCAGAGGACCUCCUCGUCAAGGCCUGCAAGGAAGCCAACAUUUACGACUUUAUCAUGUCUCUGCCCGAGGGAUUCAACACCGUCGUGGGUUCCAAGGGUGGCAUGUUGUCUGGUGGUCAGAAGCAGCGUGUCGCUAUUGCCCGCGCUUUGCUCCGUAAUCCCAAGAUUCUUCUGCUCGACGAAGCCACCUCCGCACUGGACUCUGAAUCCGAGAAGGUCGUCCAGGCCGCCCUCGAUGCUGCGGCCAAGGGUCGCACCACCGUUGCCGUUGCUCAUCGUCUGAGCACUAUUCAGAAGGCGGACAUCAUUUAUGUCUUCGACCAGGGCAGGAUUGUCGAGAGCGGCACGCACACCGAGCUCCUGCGAAACAAGGGCCGCUACUACGAGCUAGUCAACUUGCAGAGUCUGGGUAAGACCCAUUAA